CACAGUCUCUUUCUCUCCCCAUCCCAUUCCCCUACCAAACCUCACUCGCAACUUUCUUCCGUUUCCUUUCCGCCUUUCCUCCAGAGCUUCUUUAAUUACUCACUGUGCCUGCGGACUCCCUUUGACCCUCACCCCCCACAUAAUUCCACCUCCUAUUUCCCUUUCACAAUUAUUUAUAUAUAAAAAAAAUUCUUUCUGAAACCCCCUCAUUUUCUUUAUUUUUUUCCUUUUAUUCCUCCCCCUUUUUUUUAUUUUUCCCUCCCAUCGCUUUCCCUUUCCGACUCUCUCUUUCCCUUCUCAAGUAGCUUCAACGGGAGGAGUUUCAUGGUGCAUGGAACGCUAAUUUAGUUCGGCACCACCUAAAAGGUCUUUUUCUUUUUCUAAAAGCCGAAAGACCUGGUGAAAAGGCGCAAAAUGUUGCCCUCUUUGACUCUACAUUGCCUAACCUUCAUGAGUGUUGAUUCACCAUCAAAACCAGCUUGUAAGAUCUUUCAGUGCUGAAAUUAGUAUCCAUCCCUUGCAUUCUAAAAUCCCAUUUUUUAGGGGGGCAUUGUUUCCACUCUUACCUCCGCCAUAGAUGUCAAAAUGCUCAAACCAAUAUCAUGUCGGUUCUUUGUCUUAGUACUAUCUCUUUUCGUAGUUUAUAUCAAAGGUUUGCAAAUCCCUCUAGAUUCCAAGCUGUUUGCAUCAAACCACAACUACUGGGUUUCUUCAAAUGGGAACUUUGCCCUAGGUUUCUUCAACAACUCCAACGACCCUAACAAAUACAGCGUCGGCAUUCGUUUCAGCUCAGCCUCAAUCCCAUCAGAUAAGCAAGCUCGCAUAUGGGUUGCGGGAGCUGGAAUCUCUGUCGGUUCUGAUUCAUAUCUUCACCUUACUGAGACUGGAGACCUCAUUCUGUUCGACUCUUUAACAGCGGCAACUGUUUGGAGUAGCAACACUAGCAACUCCUCUGUAUCUUCUGCUAGUCUCUUAGAUGAUGGUAAUCUUGUUCUCUUAGGUCAAAACCACAAUGUUAUUUGGCAAAGCUUUAGAACACCUACUGAUACGCUACUCCCAGGCCAGAAUUUGACAGUAUUUGAGACCCUUCGAGCUGCUAGCCGAAAUUCUGUAUCGAGUCAUUAUACGCUAUCUAUGGAUGCUUCUGGCAUGCUGAAACUCAGCUGGGAGACGAAUGUCACUUACUGGAAAGCUGAAGUCGCCCCUACAUUCCCCACUCUCGCUGCUGUCGUCACAAGAGAAGGAUCAUUUCAACUAGUCGACCAAAUGUCGAGGCCGGUGUGGUCGAUGUUUGCAGUUGAUCAUAACGAUUCCUCUGUCGUCUUUAGGUUUCUAAGGUUAGAUGCUGAUGGGAAUUUGCGAAUGUACUCGUGGGAUGACUCUUCAAAGUUAUGGAGAAAGGUGUGGCAAGCUGUGGCCAACCAGUGCAACGUCUUUGCUACUUGUGGGUUAUCUGGGGUGUGCACGUUGUCCCAAGUGGGGACUGCAACCUGUAAAUGCCCUUUCGGGUCAUCAAGUUUAGCUGCAAAUUCUAGUUGUUUGGCUCCAUACUAUCAACAUUGCAGCUCCGGAACAACUAUGGUUGCAUUUAAGCAUACUUUCUUGUACGGUAUUUAUCCACCACAAGAUUCUAUUAUUCAGUCCAGUGCUAGGCAGUGCAGGGACUUGUGCUUGCAAGAUCCUAAUUGCAUGGCUGCUACUGCAACCAACGACGGUGAAGCUCAGUGCCGUAUCAAAAAGACCAGAUUCAUUACGGGUCAUGGGAACCCCUCCUUACCAUACACAUCGUAUGUUAAGAUCUGUUUAGAUCCACUUGCCGCAUUUCCUUUAAAUGCCUCUGCAUCUUCUCCUUCCACUGCUCCUUUAAACAAAGAGAUCAAGAGAUUCUACAUACCUUCUAUCAUUGGACCAAUAUCUGGCGCACUCCUUGCAUUUGUGGCGAUCCAAGUUGGUAUUCUUUUUUUCCUCUGGAAGAGAAAAAAUGAGGUUAAGAGCACGGGAGCAACAUACUGCCCUUGUCCUAGUUCUAUUGGUUUGGUUCCAUUAUCAUACUCGGAGUUGAUCAAUAUCACCGGUAACUUCAAGGACCAGCUUGGGACAAAUCUAUACAAAGGUGUGCUUCUGUCGAACAAAGUUGUUGUAGUGUGGGAGUUAAAAUAUGCGAUGCAAAGUGGGGAAAUCAUAGGAGAGAAACUGUUUAGGUCUUGGAUUUCUGCUUUAGGAGGAAUUCACCAUAAGAAUUUGGUGAAAUUGGAGGGCUACUGUUGCUGCUCCGACCGAAGGUUCUUGUUAUACGAGUUUCAUAAGAAUGGUUCAGUUGAUAAAUGGAUUACAGAAGCUAAACUCAGCAGGAGGCUGACAUGGAGAAGAAGGGUAAAGAUAUGCGUAGGAGUGGCAAAAGUCAUCUCCUACUUGCACUCUGGCUGCAGGGAAUUUGUCGCUCAUGGGAACUUGAAAUGGGAGAAUGUGCUUCUGGAUGAAGAGCUCGAAGCAAAGGUGACAAAAUUUGGCUUGAAGAGAAUGAGCGGCAAGGCAAGCGAAAGUGAGCAAGGUGCUGAGGCUGAUGUGGCGAGCUUUGGGGAGAUGAUACUGAGAAUGGUGAGUGGACGCCAUGCUGGCACUAAUAUUUGUUGUUGGGCCCAUAAUGAGUGGGCAGAGGGGCGAGGUGUGGAGCUUGUGGAUUCGAGAAUUAGGGAUAAAUUUGAUGUAGAUGAGGUUGAACGCAUGUUGAGGAUCGCAUUUUGGUGUGUCCAGUCUGAUGCUCGGCUUCGGCCCUCGAUGGGGGAAGUAGUUAAGGUUUUGGAAGGUACAUUGUCGGCCGAUCCCCCACCACCUCCUUAAGUAUGCAAUUCUCUAAGAGCAGGCAUAUUACAAAUGAAUCAUAUGAUGGUAUCUCCAAUGCUUGCAGCCAAAAUUGGAUCUGUGGUUAAUUGGACAUUCGCUCAUAUUGGAUCUGCUUGGGUGGAAGGCUAACAAAGUGUUUGCAUUUAUGUAAGUAUUUUUCUUUGAAACGAUGCUUGAAAGCAUAUUCUCAUGUAAUAGUGGUAGUACUAAUCUAACUAGGUCAGGUUUAGUGCGGACCUUGUUUUAACAGCCUAAUUUUUACAGCACAGAGAGCACUAAGUUGAGUUCUCUGAUGCUUUAAACACCUUUUUAAGUCUUGGUUAUGUGCCAAAAUAUAGUCUGUUAUUAUUAUUAUUAUUA